AUGUGGAUGAUUGUCACACUUGCUGAUGCUCAUACCUGCAUCCGUGUUUGUUAUAAUAAUGACCACCGUGGAUUGAGUAGCGACAUAAUUGUCGAACAUAUUAUUCCCCACAUUAUGAAUGGUCCAGUGUAUAAAAUCAAGGAAAUUCAAGCAUCGGUGAAACAGGAGUUUCAUUGCGAUGUGUCUUACAAGAAAGCUUGGUAUGUUAGACGCCGUGCCAUUGAUAUAUUAUAUGGGGAUUGGCCGACAUCCAUAUCGCAGCUGCCAACGUAUAUUCAGGAGUUACAAAGGUCCAAUCCGGGUACGGUAGUUGUGUGGGAUCAUCAUCCAUUGAGUACCCCUUCCAAUAUUAUUUUUGAUUAUAUAUUUUGGGCAUUUGCGCCUGCCAUCCAAGCCUUCCGCCAUCUAAAACCGGUCAUAUGUGUAGAUGGUACCUUUUUGAAAGGACCUUAUCAAGGAAAAUUUCUUGUCGCCAUAGGUUUUGAUGCUAAUAACUCAAAGUUUCCCCUGGCAUAUGCCCUAGUUGAUGAGGAGAAUAAUCGGAAUUGGCCUUGGUUCAUGAGACUAUUACGCAUUCAUGUGUGUGGUGAUGUGCAGAAUAUAUGCACUAUUUCUGAUCGUCACCAUGGCAUCAUUAAUGCAAUGCGUACACUCGAAGAGUGGCAGGAGCCAUUAGGGGUGCACCGAUUCUGUUUGAUUCAUAUUCGGAGCAAUUUCACACAAAAAUUCAAGAAUGAAAGGUAA